ACAUCGACGAAUGUGAUCUGCAGAUCAGUAUUGGUGUCUUCAACUCUGUUCUCAAGUGUGACCACAUGUGCAUCAAUUCCAUCGGUAGCUACCGAUGCGAAUGUGAAUUGGGAUACACUCUAGACACUGAUCGACACACGUGCAAAGAUACGGAUGAAUGCCUAGUGAGUCGCACCCAUAACUGCCAGCAGAAUUGUACCAACAUUCCUGGAAGCUUCGAAUGCAACUGUCAUGGCGGUUACACCAUCAACGGAGACAAUGCAACGUGUGACGGUGUGGGCGAAUGUUCCCAUGAAAUGGAAUGUGACCAGUUUUGCAUCAUUACCAAUGGUAGUUCUGAAUGUGCCUGUGAGAUGGGUUACCGCAAAGACAGCAACAACUGCUAUGAUAUAGACGAGUGUUCCUUAGGGGAACAUGACUGUAGUCAGAUUUGCAUUAAUGGUAAUGGUACCUUCACAUGUGACUGCUUUGAAGGCUACGAGCUUGGGAUGGACAACAAAACCUGCUUCGAUAUCGAUGAGUGCGCUCCUUCAUCCCUGAACUGUGAUAAAAUUCGAAUUUGCAACGUGACGGAUGAACACUCGGUCUGUCCUUACUUCAAAGGUCACAUUAUAAACACAACUACCGUCGAACUUAAUAUAGGCACUAAAGACGAUGUUGAAGUGCGACUCGUUGGCGGGCGAUACGAUUCCGAGGGCAGGGUGGAAGUCCUUUAUGGUGGUCGGUGGACCACUGUGUGUGGCAGUUCUUGGGACCUGAAUGAUGCUCAUGUAGUUUGCAAGCAACUGAACUACACCAAAGCAGCUUCUGUAACGCAUGGUGCAAGCUUUGACGAGGGAACUGGUCCUAUUCAUAUGCAUGAUGUUCAGUGUGUGGGGAACGAGAGAGACGUAAGAGAUUGUCCUAACCGAUGUGGACAAGCUGCCUGGGUUAACUGCACUUCAUCAGAGAUUCGCCUAGUAGGUAAUGGUUUACCAUACCAAGGUAGACUGGAGGUGUUUUACAACGGAGAGUGGGGCACCGUGUGCAACGACGGCUGGGACAGUUACGAUGCCAAAGUUGCAUGCAGGCAACUCAACUAUCCCGGCUAUUACAAUUACCACAGUCGUCCUGUUUUUGGUGCCGGGAGUGGGCCGAUACACAUGACUGACUUGAGUUGCGGUGGGAGUGAGGCCAAAUUGGAGUACUGCUCACACAAGCAUAACCAUAAACCAUGCAGGCAUAGCGAAGAUAUGGUGCUUUACUGCCAACCGGGAACUGAAGACGUUCGACUUGUUGGUGGAACGUCAUCAUCGGGGAUCGUGGAGGUGCAGUACAGUGGCACAUGGAACACCGUGUGUGGGAAUAACUGGGACAUCGAUGACGCCCAUGCAGUUUGUAGGCAACUCCACUUCGCUGGGGCAUCAAGUACAAUGUCAAAUAGCACAUUUGGAUCUGGUUCAACUUCAGGGCUGGGAUCUUAUGAAUAUAGCAAUUUCGAGUGUGGAGGAAGUGAAACAAGAUUACUAAGUUGUAGUUACGAGAAAUACGCCGUCUGCCAGCAUAACCAGGAUGCUGGAGUAAAAUGUGAAAUCGACAAACCGCCCAACUUCAAUUGUACUGCACUUCAGGUGUGCAGCCAGACAGGCCGAAAACUGACAUGUGCCUGCGUGGAAAAUGAAGAACAUGAACUGACCAAUAUGACCGGCUCUACAGAAGGCCCUUGUAGAAACGACGACCCUACGAAUCCGACUAAGAUCCAUCUCUGUCGAAACCGUCCCGGAGACUUUAGCUGUGGGUGCGUGGAAGGGUUUCAGCUAACUUUCGAAAACAUCUUCUGUCAAAGUGAAACCACGCAUGACUGUAAUACUAUGCAGUCAUGUAGGAACACUAAGGGUGGAUAUGACUGCCCCUGUAUAGAGGGAUACACAAGAAAUAACGAGACUGGAGAAUGUGAUGAUAUUGACGAGUGUUCAACCGACUAUAUGAACUGCCCGGAAGCCCAAAUCUGUAACACCUUCAACAAAACUAUCUUCUGUGAAUGUCUGGAGGGUAACGCAACUGACUGUGAUCUGGACAACUGUACCAAUAUCUGUGCUGGAGUGGAGGUGUGCACCAAUGGCGCCUGUUCCUGUUACCAAGGAUAUUUCCUCAACACCGAAAACAUGCCUUGCGAAGGCGGUGGCUGUGGUGAGAUGAUCCAUGAGUGCACUGACAUGGAGACUUGUAACAACACGAUUGGAGGCUACGAGUGCCCAUGCAUGAAUGGCUUCCUUAGAGGUCAAGGGGUCAACGCAACAUGUGACGAUAUUGAUGAAUGCAUGGAGGAAACCGAUGGUUGCGAUCAUCUCUGUAUGAACACUGUAGGUGGAUAUUCUUGCGCCUGUGUGGCGGGUUUCACAUUACUAGAGGACCGUCAUACUUGCGUCAUGCCAAUGUCCCUUCAAGAAGCAUACAUGGCAGUCAAAGAAGGUGGCACUACCAAAAGGAGUUCAAUUGGUGGAUGGUUCUUCCCACUUGGUAUGAUCGUGGCGUGUGCUCUCGUUGCUGCUGUUGUCAUUGGUAGAAAGAAGUCUGAGAGGUUCCGUGAUGGCACAGACAGAAUGAUGUCGGCCGCGGAGUCACUGAGAGGACGUCUAGCUAGGUCCGCCGCCCGGUCCGGAGCACAAUCCGACCGUAGUUCCGGCCGCCACGGCAGUCAGCUCUCCCCCGUAAAACCACGCUCUAACACGGCAGACGGCAUGGGAGACACGUCCAUCUAAACGAGAUUCAAUUCGCCUUCCUGGUUCGACGUUCGCCAAGGGGAGACGAUAGGUAUCACCCUCGACCGACCACAAUACUUCCCGACCAUGGCUUAAUUUUAUACAAUUUGUUUAAGUUUGCACCGGGGAUACUGAAUAUUUAUCUUGGUUUCACCCUUACAACGAUUUGGAUUAUUGUUAUUAUUAAAGGUCGUGGGUUCGACUCCCACUCAUGAUCACAGGACACGGGGAAAGUACUGAGUGAACUGCAAAACCAAAAUUAAUAUUCAUAGCUUAGUUAUUUACGACUGCUACCGGUGCAAAGUUAACGGUUGGUUACUAAAAUAUUGUAUGCAGAUUAUGUGUAUUUAUAGCCAUACACUUUAAUACUUCUGUAGGAAAGAAAUCACCCGAAGCAGAUUUAGUCAUUUCACUUUAUAUUUAUAACCCAGAUUAUACUUGCAGCAGAUUAAAGAUAAUGUCAGCAAAUAGUCAGAGGUUUUUUGUAAAAAACAAAUGUAGUUAAAUCAUGUCUACCAAUCAAGGUUAGAGUCGCUGUUAAAAAAAAAAAACUCUGGAGAGUAUAGGUUCCGAACUACAGGAUCUGAACUUGAAGAGAUAAGUUGAAAUUAUGGCAUGUUUACCUUUUAGUAAACUGUGGGGCUUAGAUUCUCUAUAGGUUGUAGGCACAUAUAGUAUCCUCAGCACAAUAAGAAACAAAACAGAAGCAGAAGCAAAGGUAGGAAACACAGCUGUUAGCAACAUUUGUUAUUUACAUAUAAAUUAUUUACAAACACAGGAACAAUAACAUGUUUUUGUAUAUAAUCUGGAAUAAUAUAAAUUUAAGUACACAGAAAUAUUUCAACUUGCAUAUAUAAUGGUAUGAAUGAAUGCUUAAACGUAUAUUAGAUCAUAAUCAUUACAAUGACAUGAAGGUGGGAUAUUAUGGAAUGCUGAAUUUAAAUGUACAAUUUUAUUGGGAGGGCUGCAUUGGCCACUCCUACGCAAUUUGCGUAUAAGUCAAUGUUAAGUGCACGGCGUCCAACUCAAUUAUAGCACGCCACCAAUAACUUAACCCGGAGAUUUUUGUAAUUUUAUUUAAAGGCAGUCGACAAUGAGUAAUCUUACUGAGCAAAAACAAUGUUAACAUUGUCGACUGUGGAUGGACAUCCUCAAACAAAAUAUGAAAAUAUGAGUCGCUUUACAUGUUUUGAAUUCGCAAACCCCAAACUUCGUAUAAUGUGGAAUACCUGAUAUAUGGUUUAGUUUUCUUAUUUUAUUUACAUAAAUUUACAUAUUUAUCGCCUUUCUACCAAA